AUGCAGGAGAACGGUUUCUUGGGCGACUUCUUCGGGUGCUUGGGUGUCCUUCCCCUCACGACCGAGAGCACUGUUCGCAACGCGAUGGUGGAGGUCAUGAUGCGGCAGUGCGGCGGCCAGGCGUACUCCGGAACGGGUGGCUCCGGGAUGGAAGGACUGGCCGAGGAUGAGGAGAAGGGCUGGAGUGGGGGUGGGGCAUUGGCUCGCCGACAUACUCUACCGGACCAUCCAGCCAAGUGCAUGAUGUGGUGUGCAAUCGCGCUGGGGGCGCUCAUGAGGGGCAUUCCGGUUGAGCAUGACAAGAACGAGCGCUAUCUGUCUUUCGCGGUGAAUAUUGUGUCCAAGCUUAGACCAGAGGACGUGCCAAAGGAACUGGGGCUAAUGCUGAUGACCACGGACAAAUUAAGGGUGUCACCGUGUAACCAGCCUCCAGGGGACGAUCUCAGCACUUCCUGCGGCGAGGCCGUGGAGCUACCCCGGGUGCGGGAGGCUCAACACCUCUUGACGCCGACGGACGUCAGCAACGCGUUCCUUGCGGCGGACAGCCUGAUCACCCGGGCCUUCGUCGCUGACAUGAUGUCGGCAGGAGCGAUUCCUGCAUCUGGAGGAGGCGCGGCACCGCACGAGGAGAAUGGGGAGCCUGUUCUCGGCAAGUCCUACCGAGAGCUGGGAGGCGGUGGGGUGAUGGAGGAGGGUCGCAAACGAAUGUGGAAUGCGGACGUGGCUUGGGAGGACGAAGAGCUAGGCAACCAAGUGCACCGUGAACCAGACGUGCCCCCGGCAGGGUCCGCUAUGAAGCUCCUCAUCCGGGAGGCUCUGCCAGAGAUGGCGAGCUUGGCGAAGACGCUGGAAAGUUCCGAUACGUGCUCGGGAGCCGGCGGUGUUCUCUAUCACGGCAACGUGGCCUACAUGCGGGCUAUUGCAGGCGAUCUGGACAAGGCGUUCGAGUCUCUCCAGGCCUGCGUAGACGUAGUGCUGCGCUACCCCGGCCUCGUCCGUUUCAGGUCUCAUUUGAUACACUGCAUGCUCGCUGCGAGCCACUUUUUCAAUCGGCGAGACAUGUACGACGCCAUGAGAGGGGUGUACAACUCCGUGGGUCCUAUGGGAUAUCCACAAAUUCCACCCUACGAAGAAUGGAGGACGAUUCGUCAGGUCUGCCCCCACGUCUUAUGCAGGUCGAUGGAGGCGGAAAUUCUCCAACAUCUCGACGAGGGACCUGGGCAGACAACCAACGCUUCUGAGGAACCGGUGACGUCUGAACCCUCGCCGGGCUCGAUCAAGUCUUUCCGCAGCGGAGCGGACAGUCAGAGCAGUGGCUCGCCGCCAGCGGGGCUGGCAAGCGAGGAGCAGGGGUCGCUAGCGCCAACGACGGCCACAGGUGCCACUGCUGUGUCAUCACCGCUCCCCGACACUCCGCACACCUUGGCGACAUUCGUGCAAGACGUCGAUGGGAACGACGGUGCGGCUACUGGAGACAUGCCGUUGCAACGUGGGCUGGUGGCGACGGCCAUGCCCAUCCCGGAAUCGGUAUACUCUGCAAAGGGUGAUACCGGCGGUGUUCGGCAUGCCGGCUGGUCGCGUGCGGCCGCUACCGGCGAGCACCCGCGCAGUAGCACUGCCGCUCCCGCUCCAGGCAGCCCAAAGAUCGGGUUCGAGUGGUGGGGAGGAGAGGUUGUGUCAGGGGGGGCGGAGAUGAACAUGACUGACGCGGAUCUGUUGGACAUCGCAGCAGCGUUCGCGAAUGACGAGGGGCUUCUGGAAGAGGAACUGCUAUAAAUAAGCUAGGGAUGUCUCGUUGGUGGAGGCGUGUUGAUAGUGGUUGGUAGGGUUUUUAUCUUUGUACCCCAUUGGUGUCUGUUGUUCAGGGUUUGUUGUUGUAGACAUACUUUUUUGUUCACGUGGUUUCGCACUCAAGGAUUUAACUAGGCCUACUUCAGUGUAAGAUUCAGUGCUUUGGCCCCGUUUGGUUGUUCAAGUCAUUCGCGUAACGUUUCGGAGUAUGAAAACAUUGCUUUACACACGUUGGUGGAACUUUAUGAUGUUUUGUGCUAGACAGCGCAUCUUUGUCGUCGUCAUCGCUGUCGCCGUCGCUGUCGCUGUCGUUGUCGUCGUCAUCGUAGCUCCUAGACCGGUCUGACCUCUGCCCGGUACCUCCGUUUCGAUGCUCUUCAAGGCGAAAGAACGGGUUCCCGUUGUCCCAAGCUAGCCGCAGCCCUGCUAUGUUUUCGAGAGGUCAUUUGACUUCAGUCUCUUGUUCAUUUGUACGGCUCCGGCAUCGCGCCGCCGUAGACUGUGGCACUUUUCAUGGAGUGCAAAGCUAGGAGUGAAAUGCUGAAUAACAUUGAUACUGUUGGCGUUGUUGCUCUCAUUUUUCAAGUUCACUUCCGCGCUCGGCGUCACACGCAGGUGUGGUCGACUGUUUUAGCAACACCGGUGUCGGUCAUUGCUUUGGAGAGUGGUGGGUGGGUUGACUGUGAAACUACCCCACACGUAUUCGUCGGGAACAGUUCUGUUUUGUAUUGCUUUUCUCCAGCAGGAGCGAGCGAGUGGCCUUUCCCAAUUGCUGUAACGAAGAACGCAUGCUUUCAUAUGUGCGUCAAGAACGCUCUGUGAAAGGCGCUCUGUUGGUCUACGAGAAGAAUGUAGA